GCGGGAAAGAUUUUCAUGCUAAAGUUUUGAGUAUGUAUAUAUGCAGUUUGCAGCUUCUAUUUAUUAGAUAUUGUUUUGUUUAAUACAGGCCCUGAGCCAUAGUAUUUUAUUACCUAAUUUAUUCGAGCAAAGACAGCGCGGACGUAACAAAUACAACCGAUUUUUGGCGGAUUAUGUCUGAAAGGGAAAAUGGAGAAAUCACACCACCCAACUACCUGCCUCUGGUCACAUCACACAACACAGCAUUGGAUAUUCUAGUGGCGGAUUCUUCGUUUGCAGAUCUCGACAUAUCAGCUUCUCAAGAGGAUAUACUCAAUGGUAAUACAGCAGAAGAUGCUGAUUUGUCACUCACGGAGUUAAUUGAUGAGGACAAGGCAAGGAAAGCAGUAGUUUUAAAGAGCAAUGCUGCACAUAAUGGACUAAAAACGUUUGACGUUAGCAGAAACUAUGAAGUACCUGGUGAAAGUGACAACUUUUUAGUCCACUCUAAAUCUGAUGUAAACUUGAACAAUGAUAAAAUAAAAGAAUCCAUGACUGGUUUGUUUGAUCUUGAACGUUUCGAUAAAAGCUUGUCAGAUUUGCAGGGUGCAGCAUUCCGCUAUGCUUCUCUAAAUCAAGUUGGCUUUGAUACUGUUACUGAAGAGUCGAAUGAUUCUGUCUUCUCUGUGCGAUCCCUUGGAUGGCUCCCAAUGAAUGAUUGCACCUCUGAUCCGGAUGUGAGCAGCGCUGAUGUCAACGCCUGCAUCCGGCAUCUUUCACAAAGUCAUGGUCAGAUCAUGGAUGGAAUAGGAGCGUGGGGAGAAGGGAAGCAUCUAAAGAUGAUCAUAGAAGAGGACCUGUUGAAGUUGGUGGACCCCAUCAGUGAUGUUGUGCUGCAGAAGCAAAAUAUAAGGCAAAUAAGAGUGUGGGGGGUUGGGAGGGAUAGUUUGUAUGACUUUGCAUAUGUUGUUAAGGAUACUGAGCUCCACGGUUUUAAGUGUCAUGUGUUCCGAUGCGAUAUUGCUGCAAAAGCCAUCGCACAACAGCUACACACCGCAUGUGAGCAGGUUUCUGAAAAGCGAAAACUAGAGAAAAAGACAAGUGAAAAAGAGAGAGUGGCAAUGAUAGCGAAAUUGCCGGAACGUAAAUCAGAACCUAAACGGGAGUUUGAUGUUCAAUAUAUCGGUUAUCGAAAAAAUGUUGGUGUUACUGGGAUGCCUGUUAUAAAGGACACCAUAAGAAAAGUGACUUCAGAUGAUAAAUUCUUUGUCGGAAAGGCUCUGGUAUCUAUCACUGCUUCUGCUCUGUUGAUCACAAACAAAGUUGAUAACAGCGUGCUUUUAAAUUGCAGGGUGAGGUUUUUAUCUUUUAUGGGUAUAGGCAACGAUAUCAGCAUCUUUGCUUUUAUAAGCGUAACUGCGGGUGAAACUUGCUGCCACGUUGUACAGUGUCUCCCAAAUGCUGCCAAGCUGGCAUUCGCUGUGCAGGAGGCUUGCGUUUUGCGUUAUCAAAAAGUUGUUGAUGCAAAUCCAUUGCCACCACCAGAAGUCAAACGGCCUUCUCCAAAACCACAAAAACGUUCUUUUAGUGAGGUAGUAAAAAGUUUUAUUUUUGGAUCCAAAUAAAAAAGUUUAAAUGCUGCUUACACAAUUGUCACUAUAUGCAUGCCAUCAUGUUUUGUUUACAGUUUUAUUACAUCUGUUUAUACAAAGACACAGUCAGUCCCUUGUGUAGUAAAAAAUGAACUGAAAUCCAAUUACUUCAAUCCAAUUCAAUUAAGUUUAUUACCAAUCUACCAACAGUGUUUGCAUAUGUGUUUAAUUGAUACUCAACCAUUUUUUGUAUAAGCAUAUAAAAAUUGCUUUUUGUGUUACUCAAUCACAUUUUCUGCUUCCUAUUUAGUAUUUAUGUCAAAGCCGUUAUUUUUAUUGUAACUUUUAUUCACUUCUCGUUUCAAUUUUAAUUUAUUUCAUAUUAUUGUAGCAGUCAUUUAUAUAUGUACAAUGAAAUGCAGUAUGUCCGCAGUUAAGGCCCUCAAUAGUAGGUCACUAGAUACAAUUCAAUUAUUGUUACCUAUUUAACACAAAAGACCUGUCCAUCAUACAUUUAUUCACUAUUAAAUCAUAAUUGCCGAUCCAUUUUAUUUUGGACAUUUUUUAACAAAGCAAUAACAUUUUUAUUAUAUAUGUUUGUAUAAUUAACAAAACAUAAAUUUAAGGAUUAAACUUGGAUUUUAACUUUUUAGUUUUUUGUUCGUUUACUUUUAGUUUUUACUAGGUUAAAAAUAUUUACAAAGACAGUCACACAUCUUGAUUAGGCCCCAUUUGUUCUAUUUGAAGAAAUCCUGUUUUUCAAACAGCCUUUUUACAUCCUUUUUUUCUAUUUUAUAAAUUACACUAAACCACUUUUCCAAAUUAAAAAAAAUUACAAAUAUUACAAUUACACCAUUACAGAAUAUUCAUAUUUUACUGUUUCAUAUUUCCCUGUCCAUAUUUUCAGCAUCAAAUUGCCAGUUGCAGAUUUUCUUUUUGCAUGAUUUGUUUAUGUUACUUUUGACAUUGAUUAAAUGCACACAACUUCUUUCCAACUCUGAUUAAAUUUGUUUAUCUAAAUUUUAUAUAAAUUUUAGCCAUGGUUUUAAACCACCAACCAUUUUUACCAUGUUAAUUCUAUAAUUCAGUUGUUUUCAGUUUAUUUCCCACAUGUUUGUACUUGUUAUGCUUGGAGAGCAGUAUUGUUUGUUUGUAUUUUGUUUUGUACACUUGUUUUUCAUACAAAUGCAAUGCCAGCACUAAACUACCUGGUUGUUCUCAUUCAUAG